UCGGCUUCACCUCGUCGCCGCGGACCGACGGCGGUCAGCUGAUCCGUCAGACUCGUCUCCGCGCAGCAGCUGCUCGUGUGUGCGGAUGUUCGUGUGCGUCGCUGCAGUCUGAGCUACACGAGCAAAAACACGCCGAGCGAGAGUCACCAUGGCAGCAGCCAAGAUGGAGCUGGCGCCCCUCAGGCCGUGGGACGACUUCUGUCCCGGCGCGGAGCGAUUCGCCAAACCGGACUUCGGGGACUUGACGAGGUGGAACAACCGAGUGAUCGGCAACCUGCUCUACUACCAGACCAACUACCUGGCGGUGGCCGCGGUGGUUUUCCUCGUCGUGGGGUUCCUGAACCCGUUCGGCAUGUUCCUGGGCGGAGCCGUGGUGGCGCUGGUGUUCGGCGGGUCCGUGUGGGCCGGAGAGAACAAGCCCACCAUCAAGAACUUCAAGAAGAAGAACCCCACCCUGUUCGUCGGCGGGGUCAUGGUCACCAGCUAUUUUGUGCUGUCGCUGUGCGGCGGUGUCAUGGUCUUCAUCUUUGGAAUCACCUUCCCGUUGCUUUUGAUCCUGAUCCACGCCUCUCUGAGACUUCGCAACAUGAAGAACAGACUGGAGAACAAGAUGGAAGGCGUUAGGCUGAAGAAGACGCCGAUGGGCCUCAUCAUGGAGCUGCUGGACCAACAGGAGGAGAAGAUGAACAAGAUCCAGGAUUUCAUCGAGAGCAAACUGAAGGAGUGAGGCUCCAGCCGAGGAAAUUAAAUGUCAUACAGUACGGUUUAUGAUUAUCAUCCCAUGUAUUGAGUUAUUACCCUCCCUGUAUACACAUAAAGUUACUCAAGUUUGCAUUCCUAUACUUUUACUUUAUCCUCUUAUACAUUUGUAUCUGAUAGAUGGUUUGACAGAUGGUUCCGUAUUAUUAAUUAACUUAUUAUAUAAAGUUAACCAAAGGUUUGAGCACUUCUGUGUCUGAACAUGUUCCAAAUACAAAUCAUUUCCCUUGUUGACGAAGCACUUUGAGUAUUUAAAGUUUCUCAUCAAAAAUAAAACUGAAUGUUUCAACACAAUGCAAUUAUUAGAAACCAAUCAUAUUUAUGCUUUAAAAAAGAAAAAAAAAACCUUUCAGUUUGCUACCUCAAAACUAGCAUGUUCAAUUUUGUUGUCUCAGAGAGUAGAACCGACACCGGCUCAACCGUUAUCUGCUUAAUAAACAGCAAUGACUGGCAUAUUGUAACUCCGGGAGCUGAAUGAAUUGUGGCCUGAGGCCAAUGAGCUUCUUGUGUAGAUAUGUUUCUAUUGCCUGACUGAUAAUAAUCCCAGAGUUUUAGAUUUUACCCUCCUCUCAACGUUUUGUGAACACACGGUUCCUGAUCGUACAGGCUGGCCUGAGUGUGUGUCCCCUGACCACAGCUAUGCAAUACUGAAAAAUGAACGGCAGGUGCAGCUUUAUUGUUUGAAUAUUGUCAUGUUAUUAAAAUGUCUGUUAUUUUUCACUUAUCUUUAUUUUCAUACUAUAGCAUGCAGAGAUGUAUUCAAUUGCUGCAGAUCACAGCGUUCUUUACUCUGGCAAUGAGAUAGAAAUUAAAUUUUAAUUUACCACUGUUCCCUCAUCGCUAGUAAAUACUGGACUAGAGAUAUCAUGUUCAUAAAUUAAAGCUGACCUGUAACAUUAGGUGUUUAUCUCACACUGUUGUUUCCUGUUGUGUUUCACACCUCGGCUGCAGGUGGUGCAUGCUAACAUCACAAAUGGCAAUUCAGAGAGUUUGUUUAUGGAUGCAAUAUUCUAUUUAUAUUAUGUCUUUUUUGGGUGUGACUUUUUCAUUGUUGAAGAGUGAUGAUGAAUUCACAGAAGCGGCCAUAAAAAACUACUGUCCUGUGUUACAAAUAAAGAGAACCUAAAAUA